UUUGGAAAAAAGAAUAGCACAACAUGGAUGCAGAGGGGGGGUCCUCCGGUUUGGCCAAAUCAGCCGCCGUCAAACUAUCCGAGAUGGGCGAAAGAACCAAACAGCUUGGCACCGCGAUGCGGGACCCGCACCAACAGAGACGGAUCAUACUGGUGAUCGUGUGCGUGGCUCUCCUGCUGGACAACAUGCUCUACAUGGUCAUCGUGCCAAUUAUCCCGGACUAUCUCGCCGAUCUGGAGAUGGAGCAGUCAGAGCGCACGAGCCAGUCCAACGCUUCAGCCAACAGCAGCCAAAGCAAAAGCAACCAGGACAACUUAGACGUGCAGAUCGGAGUUCUUUUCGCCUCUAAAGCCAUCCUGCAGCUUCUGGUCAACCCUUUGUCGGGGACUUUCAUAGAUCGGGUCGGAUAUGACAUCCCGCUUCUGAUCGGACUCACUGUCAUGUUCGUUUCCACCUGCAUUUUUGCUUUCGGUGAGAAUUACGCCACACUCUUCAUGGCCAGAAGUCUACAGGGUCUGGGUUCCGCUUUCGCAGACACCUCAGGGAUCGCGAUGAUCGCUGACAAGUACACGGAGGAGACCGAAAGGAGCAGGGCGCUGGGCAUCGCGCUGGCCUUCAUCUCUUUUGGGAGUCUGGUCGCGCCUCCCUUCGGGGGUGUCCUGUACGAGUUCGCGGGCAAGCGGGUGCCCUUCAUCGUGCUUGCCUGUAUCUGCCUGGCUGACGGCUUCCUGCUGCUGACUGUUAUCAAGCCGUUCUCCAAUAGGACUCGAGAGAACAUGCCGGUCGGAACCCCAAUUUAUAAACUGAUGAUCGACCCGUACAUCGCGGUGGUGGCCGGCGCACUGACCGUGUGCAACAUCCCGCUGGCCUUUCUGGAGCCCACAAUAGCCAACUGGAUGGAGACCACCAUGCAUUCCUCACAGUGGGAAAUGGGACUCACGUGGCUUCCGGCCUUCUUCCCGCACGUGCUCGGCGUGUACAUCACAGUGAAACUGGCGGCGCAGCGUCCGAACCUGCAGUGGUUCUACGGAGCUUUGGGCAUGGUGAUAAUAGGGGCCAGCUCGUGCACAGUCCCGGCGUGCAAAACUUUCGGACAGCUGAUCGUUCCUCUGUGCGGCAUUUGUUUCGGCAUCGCCCUCGUGGACACGGCCUUGCUGCCCACACUUGCGUUUUUAGUCGACGUGCGCCACGUGUCGGUUUACGGCAGCGUUUAUGCAAUAGCGGAUAUUUCGUACUCUGUGGCGUACGCGAUGGGUCCCAUAGUAGCCGGACAGAUCGUGCACAACCUCGGGUUCGUGCAGCUCAAUUUGGGCAUGGGUCUGGUCAACGUGCUGUACGCGCCGGCGCUGCUGCUGCUGCGCAACGUGUGCCAAAUGAAACCGUCCCACUCGGAGAGAGACAACCUGUUAGACGAAGCUCCGCAGGGGCUGUAUGACACCAUUAAACUGGAGGAGAGGAGAUCCAAAAGGAAGGGCUACAGCUCGGCGGCGAAUUGCAUGCCGGUGGAUGAGAACGGGUUCGAUUCCUUAAAAGCACAGCGAUCAUCAUCCGGUCAGGAGUUCACUUAGACCUGACUGAGAUUUUCCUCAGACAUGAGACAGACAUUAGGGCGUAAAACUUUGAUGUGAGUACAUAUGUGCAAUAUGGAAACCCGAUCAGCAAAUUCUGACCAUCCGAUUUCCAAAGUUUCUUUGUGAUUUCAUUGUGUCAAAGAAAUCUGUGUUUGUCGCGGAUAUA